CCCCCCCAGCCGCUCACCGCAGCGACGGACGCGGGUGCUGAGGAGCCGGGUCCGCCCCUCCCGCCUUCCGUCCUGCCCCGGGCCUGCCUUCCCGGCUGGCUGAUUCCGCCUCUGCAGCCACCCUGUUUGUUCUGGGUUUUAAAACUACUGUGCGGGUGAUUCAUGUGCUGAGAUCUUGUCCCUGCCGGCCUGACCCGUCGCUGCCCCGCCAGGAGCGGUUUGUUUGGUCGUGGGGUCACGGGGAGAGGCUAGCCCUGUUGUCUUUCAUGCUGCCCCUGUCGCUGGGGCAGCCAAGUCUCUGAGCGCUCCCAUGAGAUUGUGGGUUAGUCCAAGAAUGAACAAAUAUACGAAGCCUUAUGGUGAGCAGACCACAAAUCUUGAAAAAUUCAGCCCCGUGAUUCUUGCUGAAAUUGAGGAGCUCUUUGAGAAGAAGUUCUCAUAUACAAAACCAUCGAAUAGUGAAUGGCAGCUGCCAGAUUCCAGUGAUGUGUUUACCUGCAAUCACAAAGAAUUCAAUACACUCCUUGCUCUGAAGGACUCCAUGAAUGAAGUAAAAAACCAACUAAGUGAUAAGAAAUUGGAUGCAUGGCAUCAGCACACUUCCUUCACCAACAAAGCAGGGAUAAUCAUUCCUCAUGUGAAGAAAUCUGUGAAUGCUGAGCUGUGUACCCAGGCUUGGUGCAAAUUCCAUGAGAUUUUGUGCAGUUUUCCCCUUCUCCCGAAAGAAGCUGUUCAGAAUGGAGAACUCUGUUCUGUCCAUCUCUGUGAAGCACCUGGUGCUUUUAUAGCCAGUCUCAAUCAUUACUUAAAAUCCCAUCACAUUCCCUGCGAUUGGAACUGGGUAGCCAAUACCCUAAACCCAUAUCAUGAAGCAAAUGACACCCUUGUGAUGAUUAUGGAUGACCGACUUAUUGCAAAUACCUUGCCAUGGUGGUAUUUUGGCCCAGAUAAUACUGGGGAUGUGAUGACCUUGAAGCAUCUGACUGGACUUCAGCACUUCAUUAGUAAUAUGACCACUGUUCACUUGGUAACUGCUGAUGGGAGUUUUGAUUGCCAAGGAAACCCAGGUGAACAAGAAGCGCUUGUCUCACCGCUACAUUACUGUGAAGCAGUUACUGCUUUAAUGACCCUUGGCAAUGGUGGCUCCUUUGUUUUGAAGAUGUUCACUUUGUUUGAACAUUGUUCGGCCAAUCUGCUUUUUCUGCUAAAUUGUUCUUUCGAGGAGGUCCAUGUCUUUAAACCUGCCACUAGCAAAGCUGGGAACUCUGAAGUCUAUGUAGUUUGUCUUCAUUACAUGGGCAGAGAGGCCAUCCAUCCUGUGCUGUCCAAGAUGAUGCAGAACUUUGGAACAGAAAUUGUUAACAAGGCACUCUUUCCACAACAUGUGAUUCCAGAAUCUUUUCUUAAAAUACAUGAAGAGUGCUGUGCAUUCUUUCACAAGUACCAAAUAGAGACUAUAUCUGAGAACAUCCGACUCUUUGAGUGCAUUGGGGAAACAGAACAAGAAAAGCUGAACAACUUAAGGGACUGUGCAGUGGAAUUUUUCAUGCAAAGAUUCCACCUGAAACACAUUACAAGAAAUAACUGGCUAGUGAAGAAAUCUCAUGUAGGCUGCAGCAUGAACGCAAAAUGGUUUGGACAGAGGAACAGAUAUUUUAGUACAUACAAUGAAAGAAAGAUGCUGGAAUCCCUGACAUGGGAAGAUAAGGUGGCCAAAGGCUAUCUUAAUCAUUGGGCUGAAGAGCACACUUUAAGUAAUGCUGGGAAAAGCUGCAUUUUGGAAGGGUCAUCCCGUAACCUUGAAUGUAAUUUAUGGUACAUCCUGGAGGGAAGGAGGCUGCCAAGAGUAAAAUGCUCUCCAUUCUGUGAUGAUGAUGUCUUGAAGAAUCUCAAUGAAGCCAUCAAAGAAUCAUUAGUAGGCAGACUAAAAACUAUUUCCUUUUCCAGACAAACACAGCACCCAUGUCAUUCUUGCAGUGUUCUUACUGAGGCACUGAUACUAUCUGAGUUGUCUAGCCUUACCAAGUACCAUCAGAAAGUACCAAAUGAAGGACACAGUGACCAAAUCAAGUGUCUCGUUGUGGGCUUUCCGUCUCUUUGUGACAUCAAAACUCAGUCCAACGUGGAAGUUAGGCUCCUGGAGUCAGCCGCACUCUUGACUUUCAGCUGUUCUUUGCUUCAUGAUGGAGAGCCAAAAUAUCAGCAGCAUCUUUUGGACUGCAUUCUGCGUGCGGUUAGUCAACUUCAACUGGGAGAUGCUUUGAUUCUGCCUGUUCUUUCUUGUUUUACACGCUUCACAGCUGGCCUGAUUUUUGUACUGCAUGGCUGUUUCAGCUGCAUCACAUUUGCUUGCCCCAUAGCCUCUGAACCUUUAGGGACCACUGCUGUUCUGUUGUGUAUUGGCUAUCAGGGUCUUCCAAAUCCAGUUGUUGAGUACUUGCAGGAUCUGAAUAAACUAAUGAGCUCUUUGCUCAACUCAGACUCUCCCCAGCAGGUUUUGCAGUUUGUCCCUAUGGAGAUGCUUUUGAAAGGCGUGCUGCUUGAGUUCUUAUGGGAUUUGAAUACUGCCAUUGCAAAGAGGCAGCUCCAUUUGAUUGUACAAGUUGAGCAGCAGCAAAUGUCAUGUAAUCUUUAAUUUUAGUGAUUCUAGAAUCGAAUUGGUAGAUGUUUCAAAAGAUUCAAUUCACUGGCUGUUUAAAGUUCUUAAAGUUUUUUUAUUUUUCUUUUGCUAGUGUGAAUAUCACUUCAUUUUAAAACAGUGGGGAUUAUUUUAAUGUUGGUAUCCAAUUUUGGAUCGCCAGUUCUACAGUGCUGCCUUAUGGCAUUAGGUGUUGCCAUACAAUCCUGUAAGCAUGGGGUUUAUUCUACAUGGUGGGGAAAUUAAGGCAAAAUGAAGGACUGAAAUUCUGGAGAAAGGGGAGUUGUUCUAGGUAAUGCCUUAGUGCAAUCUUGUCUUCCCUCCACGUAGGCAUAACCUCACAAUGACUAUAUUUCUGUGAUGAGAUCUGACUGGAGCUUAAUUGAUGCCACUGCUGAUCAGCCAGUAGAGGCUGCUAGUUGUAUCCCUUUCAUACUGUCUCACACUGUGAAUUUGAGAGCUCUGGGGACCCAAAUGUGGUAUUCAAACUUGGUAGCUGAUAGCAUUUCCAUGCUAGCUAAUCUUCCCUUUUGAUUAAAGAGAGGCUGGCUAUGCUGUUGCCUGCAGAAAGAAUUGAAAUCCUUUAAAAAUAUCUCUAGAGUUGCUGAAUACACCACGGUUUUCUGAAGCAAAUAUUAUAUUUAUCUCAAAUUUAAUUUUAUAAGCUGUUGCCUUAGCAGAUCUGAAGCCAUGCUGGCAAAGGCCUCAGUUUUUCAAGUUACUGACUUGUGAUUUGGAUGUCUCAAUUUUUGUUGCCCAACUUUAGGCAUUAAAGAAGGUUGACUUUUCAGAGUUCAGGUCUUCACCAUUCUCUGAAAAUUUAGCCCCCCUUAAAAAGGUAUUUCAAGUUGGGCACAUGCUGGCAGCCGCUAGAAUGCUAAGUGAUGCCAUUUAUAACAUACCACCAUGUAGAGCCAAGGUCAGAUGUAAAGCACAAGGGAGACUGGUUUUCUUAGCAGGAAUUUUGUGAUUGCAGAAUCCCAAGUUACAAAUCCUUGCUUUUUCAGCAGUGUAUAGGAGGGAAUCAAGACUUCUGGGAUCUAUUCCCAUCUAUGAAAUAGACUUGCUGUGUGGCCUUCAACAAGUCACGUCACCUCCCUAUGCCUCCAUUUUCCCAUCAGCAUAAUACUGUUUGAGUCUCCAAAGUGCUGAGGAUUCAUUCAUAAAGAUUUUGAGAACGUUGGGUGAAAGAGAGAACUGCCUAUUGUUGUCUACUAUGGUAGCUGUCAGCAGGUGACCCACAACUACUGAUUUUAAUUAGAAAUGUUAUCAAGUGCAGUUUAGAAGCAGCAAAUAGUAUAUCUCACUGUGUGACAGUUGGAAGCAUGGAACUGAGAAAAGUGAAUGAAACUCGUUGGAGGGGGAAAAAAAGUAUGUUACUUGAUUUGAUCCUUUUAGGAGUAAAAUGAAAGAGAAAAUGAGUAAUUGACACUACUGUCCCUUAAGAAAAAUCAGAUUUUACUUUUUCAUAUUGCUCCUUUAAGAUCUCAUUUUGAUAUCUAAUUCAUUUUCUUUAAAACUUCGUUUCCAAGAUUCUAAUUUACAUAGAAGACCUACUCAGAGAGAGAAAUGGUAUUUGAAGGGGAAACUUAUGGAUUUAAUGUUGGUAUAAAAAUUACGUAAAUGAGUGCAUGUGAGAGAAAGGGGUUAGUAAAAGAAAAGACAGCCUCCUGAUUAAUUACCAGUCACCUGUGGAAAUACUUUUAAUUACAUGAGGAAGGAGCUUGAAGGAUAUUUGAUUAUCAGUGGGGAUUAAAAGCACUGUUGAAAAACUCUCUUGUCUGGUGGUGCUGCACACUUAGUAGCCUUUCUUGUCACUUUGGUAGGGGUGGAGUGUAAUCCAACAUUUUGUUUUGCUUUUUGUUUACUGGGUUUGAGUUGGUAGCUUAAGUCUAACUACUUUUAUAACAUUCUAUACAGACUUUGCUUUCUGAAACUGCGCAGAAGUGGAUCUGUUUGGCUCCUGCUUCCCCCAAACUUCUCAAAUUGGUCACUGUUCAUUUUAACUUACUUUAAAUUAACUUCCUGUAGUUGCUCUGUGGAGAUGAAGAGAGCCUUGCCUCCUGUCAAUCACAGGCAAGCAAAACAGUUCAGCAGAUGCUGGGGGGAUCAAGAGACUAAGGCAGCAAAAGCUUCUCCAGUAAGUGAUUCUGAAAGCUUAAGAAACUUUUUAAGAGGACCCGAGGGGCCAAAAAGGAGGCAACAUUGAGGAACAAAGGAAAAUGAAGGGGAAUGGAAGGAACAGAAGACCUAUAAUGUGAGAAAGAAAAGGGGGGGGGGGAGGAUAUAUGAGGGGGAUAAUGGAUCUGAGAGGACAGCGUGAUUAAAAACCUCAGGUACAGUACCAUAAAUUCAGUAUUCACAAAUGAUCCUUCUGUUUCCCUGUAUUUGGGAGAAUGAGCAAAAUUAGAAGUAUCGCCAUCCAUCAAAAAGCAGUGUUCCCUCUCCCUCUCCCCUUUGUAAUUGUGGGAUUACAGAAGGUUACCUUAACCUGUUUGUAUCCUGCUCUAGCCAACCCAUAUGGGAAAUCACCUCUUUUGAAGCAGGAGCACAUACCUAUGUAUCUGGAAGUAUUGUAAAUGUAUGUUUACAUUGUCACAAUCUAUAUUUUGGAGUACUAAAAAGUCAAAAGGUCCCCCAUAUAGUUGGUCAACUGAAAUCUAGACAUCAGUUCUUUCUGAGCUUAACGGGACAUCUGUAACUUUAGAUGACUUCUGUCUGAUUUUUUUUUUUAAACCUACUGUUGCUACAAAUCCCAGAGAUGACAAUACCUGUAGGACAAAUACAAAAACUUUUUCUCUAUUUUUUUUCCAAUUGUCUGCUGUGUAUCUUUGCCAGCACUCUGUCAGUUUCACUGUUUUCCCUCUGCCAUCGGUCAGUAUUCCCCAUUUGUAUGGGCCUUUCACAUAGCAAUGGUGGAAGAUGGGCUUUUUUUUUCUUUAAUGAAAUGUGGUUGUAAAGCCACAAAAAUUGACAGGAAGACUCUGAGGCAGAUGUACUUCAUGAAAGCACCUUUAACUCUCUGGAAUUGACUAGACUUCACAUUGACAAGGUCCCUUGAGGUGCCUCACUUCUUCCAUACUUUCUGAAAGCCAUCUUUCCAGUAUCCAGAAAUUAAAAACAGGAGGCGUAACUUGACUUGGGCCUGAUUUUCAGGAGAGUUUAGCAGCCAAUGUACUUCCAAAGUGCUUCUCAUGAAAAUCUGAUUGCCACCUCCCAGAGGAGAGACAUAGGGGGAGGAUGUCUUAGAGAUCGUUUUAUGGGGUGAAAUCCUGGCCCCAUUGAAGUCAGUGGGAAUUUUUCAUUGACUUCAGUGGGGCCAGGAUUUCACCCCUGGAGUCUCAGGGUGCUGGGUUUUGUUCCACAUUCUCCUGGCAGAGUGAUCCAUAAGGCUCGCUUUCAAAUAUGGAGGAUUCCAAGGAUGUUGGCACAAGGGCUUUGUGACUCCUCCCUACUCAUGGAGCCUGUGUGUUCUCCACCCUCUCCCUGGCACAGAAAUCCUGUGGUCACAGGUGCCCCCUUGGAUCCUUCCUUAAUGGGGGAUUCUUCAUGGUGGAGGGGGUCUCUGUGAGAGUCCCACUCUGCGUUUUGUUUUUAAAAUAAAAUCACUGAAGUCUAAUCAAAGUUAGUUAGGACUGUUGCUUUGUCCUUUUAUUGUGAAUGUUGUGGGUUGAUUGUGUCUUAAAGACCAAAGACUCCUCAAAAAACCAGUAACGUUUACGUGUUUCCAUUGUGCCUUUUGUGGGAGUCAUAAGAAAGAGAGGGAAGAAUGUAUUAACCUUUUUGGAGAGAGAUGAAUUGAAGAGUCUCUGAUGCAGUUAAAUUCAUUUGCCAAGUCUUAUGUUUGACAUAGAAUGAGGCCUGAUUAAAUAUCUGUCUUAGCUUUCUUUUUUUUUUUUUUAAACAACUGGCAAGUUUAUUUUUUCUGCCUCCUACCAUUUGAAAAGGAACUGGAUGUUGGUCUUAGUGUUUUAGAAGCUACAAGUUACACGCAAUGAAAGGGAGGGGAGGGAGCAAGUCAUUGAUCAAGCUAUAUAAUGUACAGAGAUGAUAAAUACAGAUGAGUUAUGAGAAUGUGAGAUGGAUUUGGUUUAUUUGGCAGCCUUACUGUUUCAGAUUUUCAAUUAUGAGUUCAUAGCUAGGCCCUAGUGAUUGUUAGAUGAAAGGACUGUCUCUGGUUUAAUUUGUAAAGAUUUUGUACUUGAUUUGGCUCCUGCCUAAGAGCCAUUUGACUAUUGAUUUCAAAAAGUUACACUGAUUUAGAAUAAGUGAAAUUUGAAUCAAAUAUCUACCCAAUGAAAGGAUUCUUUAGUUGAGUGCAUUAAGGUUUGGAGACUUGCCAUUUUUUAUUUGUAUUGUAAAUUAUGGUAUAUGUGUGUGUGUGUGUGUGUGUGUGUGUGUACACACACGCAUGCAUAUUCAAAUGAGGUAUAUAAAAAGCCUGCUGGUUUUCUAAUUUGAUUUCUAUAAGGCAUAAUGAGAUUUACUGUAUGAAAUCUUGUCCUUUGCUAAAAUUAUACUAAUUGCUGUCUAUUCAACUUAAAUUAAGUUAGAUCAGUCAAAUUACUAGUAGAAUAAGUAGACUGUGGUAGAAUUACUGGAUAUUAGAAAAGCAAUUUGGGACUUUGGUAUAAGCUAUCUGAAUAGCUUAUGCAGUAGGAACAGAAAAGUCUUAUGUUCUGGUUGUUAAGAUGAGAUCUUGAGCUAGGGUGUGGAAUAUUCUUAAAUAUUGAUUCAUUGGGAUGCACAGUGUGACCAUAACACUCUAGCCUAUGGGGCAGAAAGUCUUUCUUUAUCUUAUUCUGUAACAUUUCUUUUGAGAUUUUAGUCCUUGAACUUGGGAAUAAUUUUCAGUACAUUAUUUUGGAAAAAUAAACUUAGCAUAAUGUUUUUCUCUUGCUGUUUGUAUCUGGGUGCCACUAAAAUAUGUCAGCGUGGCUAUUCGUGUAGGCUGACAAAUUGUGGGGGGCACUUGUUUUCUGGACACGACAGCUUCCCAAAUUUUAUGCUUGUGCAUGGAAAGUAAUGUGUUUUGUUCUUUUACAAUGGGCAUAUGAAAUAUCAUUAGUUUUUGUUUUUCUCCUAAUAGCUUCAAUCACUGGUGUAAAGGUUGGGUGAAAAGAUUUUUUUUUUUUGUGCCUGGAUUGCUAAAGUGUCAUGAUGAUAUUACAAGACUGAGAUAUAAGGGAAGCCAUUUUCAUGGUUUUCUUGCUGAAAACUUGGUUUGCUUUCUUCCUUUUAAACUUCAGCUCAGCUGGCAAAAAGUAUUAACUGGACAGGAUGAAAUAAACAUAUAGGCCCAAACGGAGUUGCAUCUAUUUAUGUCAGAAGUGAAUUCAGCCCAUGAUUGCUUAUCAGUAACGGUUUAUUAUACAAUAAUUUGGAUUGCUGUGUAAUUCUCUUCCAGUUACACAAAUGUUGGCAAUUCUGAAAUUUAUUCUGAGCUUUAAAAGUAUAUCAACUUUGUGUGGAAAUUCUGAAUGGUUAGAGACAACUGGCUUGUAACAAAGCAUAAUUUGCUGUUACAAUUACUGUCUAGCUAAGCCGUCUUUCUGUCCAUCUGUACAGGCUGAUUAAACUUGCUCACUGGGCCACCGUCUAGUAGAUUUGCCCAACCUUGCUUGAUAAAGAUUCCUUGAGAGGUAGGCUCGGUGGGAUUUACUGCCUUGAGAGACCAUUUUGUGCAUGUGUUAGUUAAUGCUGCUGAGAUUUGCAAUCCUACAUCAGAUUGGAAGGGUUUGCUUUAUAACUAAGUGGAUGUUUGUUUUGUUUGGAGGUGGAGUAUUUAUGGAUUUAAAGAUUAAAGAAUGCUGGCUGAAGCUGGCUACUAUAUUUCUCUGUUGACCUCUGUAAAUGUAUGCAUGUAAAAUGUGGGUUUUUUGUUUUUUUAAAUUAUUUUAAAGGGGGGGGAUGAAACUUGUGUUUGGAAAUAAAAUUUUAUUUUUCUCUGACCAUUCAUUUCUCUGUUUAGAGUCCUAUCUAUAUAUGAAACUGAAAAAAUAAACAACUGAGUAGCAGACUAGGGAGUCAUAAAAAUAUUUAAUAAAAAUGUUUUGAUGCUUA